AGGAUGGAUGGAUGGAUGGAUAGAUGAUGGAUGGAUGGAUGGAUGGAUGGAUGGAUAGACUUUGUCUGUCCCAAACGGUGGCAGAAAUUCUUCUUUGACAAAGCUUCAAAAAAGGCAUCUUAGCCUAAAAACAUGCCAAAAUGACACAAUUUAUCAGCCAGAAACUAUAAAAGGAAUUGUCACAUUUUUAACUUUCCAAUGAACCUUGAGAAAGAGAGAGAGACUGCUCAGAGGUUUCAUUAAAGUGGGGCAAGAAAAGACCAGAAUAUUGCUCAGUCUCAAAAUAAAAUCAGUUUCUACUUUGUCUGCAGAUAGAGGCGGUACUCCAAUGUUUCGCUCAGAUAAAACUACAUCCACUGAAAAUAUAAGUACAUUUUCCUCAACACACCACAAAGUGAGAAACCCGUCCAUCAGUUUGUCCACACACGGUCGACUUUUAGAGGAAAACGCAGCAGAUACAGAAACGCAGUAGCCGGUGUCCAUUUCGAGUUCUUCCUCUGGUUCUCCUGUUGUGUUGUGGCUCUACUCUGCUGCAGUGUGACCAUCACUGAUCUGUCCUGAAUUUAAUCACUUUUCAUUUUGUCAGAGUUCAGUGUGACUGAAUGUUUGCUGUGGAGGAUGUGAAACAGGACAUGUCUCUGCUAGAAGUGACCUUUAAAGAAGCGGUCAGAGAAGCGACUGUGCUGCUCCGACAUUCUGCAGCUUUAAUCAAACCAGAUGUUUGGUGUGUCCGCUGCAAACUCUCCAGUGAUGAUGAUGUUAUUCAGAGAUGUUUUCGGCAGCUGUGUCGUCCUUCUCCUCCUCCUGAGCUCCACCGGCUCGCUGCCUCCUCCACGAACCUCCUUCUGCCUCAGUCAGAUGUGUUGCUUGCGUGCAUCGGUGGGUGAAAUGUGAAACCAGCUGGGCGCUGAUGGAGGAUGUGAAACAGGACGGAGCAAAUGAACCAGAGUCGUACAAGAAACAAAACUCUUUCUUCUCUAAUUGGCUUUCAGAAACACUUGCAGAAUGCCUCAACCUCCCUCUGUACAUUUAAUGCCACUAAAAAUAUAAUGACACCAUUAUGUCCAUGUUGGUCGGGCUGCAGCCUCAUGCAGUGAUGGUCUUCAGAGAAGCUUCCUCCUCCCCUGACCUCGGCCCGCGUUAAGAGGAAGUUGUGGUUCCUGAGAGCUUCUUCGCUCUUUCUCAGUGCCGAGCGUUGCUGCACGCUACACCACCGAUUCAACACGGAGAAGAAAUAAUCUUUUUCCAUCAUUUGCUCCUCCACCAUGGCUUCAGCCGGCGUCCUCCUCCUCCUCACCCUCCAACUGAGCUCCGUCGGCUCGCUGCCUCCUCCUCGAACCUCCUUCCUCCUCGACUCUGCAGCCAGACGUCUUGUUCACUUUAGCCUCCCCGACGUCCACAACACCACCACGCUGCUGCUAAGUGAUGAUGAAUCCACCCUGUACGUUGGCGCACGAAAUGCCAUCCUCUCGUUAGACGUCGGUCAAAGUGAGGCCAUGCGCCUGAAGAAGAAGGUGCAAUGGAGUCCAUCUGAGGUCGAGAUCCAAGACUGUCAAUAUAAAGGGAAAAAUCCAACGGUGGACUGUCCAAAUUUUGUCCAGGUUUUGCAGCAGUUAAACUCCACUCAUCUCUACGCCUGUGGCAGCUAUGCCUACAACCCCCACGAUGCCUACAUCGAUGCUGAAAGCUUCUCCAUGGUGCAUCGUGACGGUGCUAAAGGUCGCUGCCCGUUCAAUCCCUUCGAGAGAAACACUGCUGUCACCAUUGAUGGCGAGCUGUUUACCGCCACAACGGUUGAUUUUAGAGGAGGCAAACCACAGAUUUCUCGAUACUUCAGCAAAGACAGCCGCCCGGACGUCAGCCUGGACUCAUCCCUCAACUUACUGCAGGAGCCAAAGUUUGUUGGUUCGUCGCUGGACCCGGCUGACAAGAAACUCUACUUCUUCUUUAGCGAAGUUGGGAAAGAGUUCAACUUUGUGGACGAGCUGCAAAUUGCACGGGUGGCCCAAGUCUGCAAGGAUGACAUUGGUGGACAGAGGACGCUGCAGAGGAAGUGGACGUCCUUUGCCAAAGCCCCUCUGCUCUGUCAGUCUCCCAAACAGCUUCCCUUCAAUAUCCUGCAGGAUAUGUUCACCCUCCAACCACCAGAGGGCAGCAGCACCUCAGAAACUCUCUUCUAUGGUGUCUUCACCUCUCAAUGGUCCACAGGUCCAGAGUCUGCCGUGUGUGUCUUUAAGCUGCAGGACAUCAAGACGGUGUUCACUGGGAGCUACAGGACCUUCGACAUGAACAACCACCAGUGGAGUCCACUAACAGAAACACACUCUUACCUGGGGAAGUGUGGACUGGACAAUUCUUCAGAUUUUGAGCUUACGGAGGUGAAGAAGAGUUUCCUGACCAGCAGCAGCGUCAAACCAGUCGACGACAGUCCGAUUGUUGUUUCCUCAGAGCAACAGUACAAACGUGUUGCUGUGAUGAGGACGCAGGCGGCCGAUGGCAAACAAUACACCGUGCUGUUCCUUCUCACAGAGUCUGGAUUCCUUCAUAAGGUUGGUUUGUUCGAUCGAGGUCCUCGAGUCAUUGAGGAGAUUCAGGUUUUCACACAACCUCAGCCGGUCCAAAGCAUCGUCCUGUCGGCCUCCAAGGGAGUUGUGUACGUGGGAACCUCUGAGGGUGUGACUGCUGUACCUGUGGCCUCCUGCUCCAUCUACCCCUCCUGCACUCAGUGUGUUCUGGCCAGAGAUCCUCUGUGUGGAUGGAGUCGGACCAGGAAGCUCUGCACCGGUCUGGACGGCGGCCAUGAGAACAUGGUUCAAAGCCUGGAGGACGGCAACGUAGAAGAGGAAUGUCGGGGAGAAACCAAGGCUGGUGGUGACACAGAAAUCCCAGUUUCUUUGAAUAAAGUGGUGAGGCUUCAGUGUGAGAAACCUUCCACCCUGGCCACUCUGACCUGGACCUCCGAUCGGUUCACAAGCCUACCAGAGGACCUCUUCAUCCGAUCAGCUGACGGCAGCCUCAGCUUCCUCGCCACCUCCAGCACUUUGGGGACGUACCGCUGUGAGGCAGAGGAAGGCGGCUACAAGGAAACUGUUAAGAGCUACAAUGUCCGGCAGAUCGCCCCUCCACGCUCCAGGACCCCAAAGCCAAAGAACGAUGAACAGUCGGUACAUGAGAGCAAGGACGAGCCUUUUGAGGAGAUUCCAACUUUGCAAACAGUGACUACUGUGAUGCAACCUUCAGGAGACAAAGAGGACUUCGACACCACGGAUAAAGAAGAUACAUUUACAACCACUCUUAAACAUGAGACCGACUUCAGCAAAGAAAAUCCCAGAAUCGAAACUGACGACAGCCUGACCUCCAGAACCGACACCCGGUCCUCGCCGGAUCUCAGCAACGACACCCCUAAAGAGAAGAGCUACUACGGCGAGCUGGUUGGAGUUUCCAUCCUGCUGGCGAUCUGCAUCCUCAUCAUGAUGCUCGGGUUGCUCCAGAUAGGGCGACAGAGGAAACCUGGCCUCAAGCUGGAUCGCCUGUUCAGUCCGGACGACGACAGCAAAACCAACAAGUCUAUGGAGAUUUGUUCUCUCAGCAGCCCAGAGGACGGCGCUCCUGAGCUGAAGGUAUGAACGAACAACCGGCUGCUUUCCACCGCAGGAACUCUGGUGCCGGUGUUUACAGGAAAGGUCCUUCAAUCUGGUUCUCCACAGAACCACCGUGCUCUGCUUUAGAGUUCUGUGUCGCUGAGAAUGUUGGACCAGCGCAGUUUUUCCAACUUAUUGUUUUCCGCAUUUACGGCAGUGAAGUAAGCAGAAGUACACUGUCUCCGUCUUACAAGAGUUCAAAGUCUGUGUUGUGAAGGUGAGAGCAAAUUUAAGGAACUUUGUUUAAUGUCAUGCACAUAACCGGUGCAAUAAAAGUAAAUUUAGCUUGCUAGUUAGCAUAGCGGAGCAUAAACGGCUGAGACUGUUUUGUGACUGAAAACGACUUAAUUUUCAGGACUUUACCUCUAAUUUUUUUCAGUAUUUAAUGAGGAUUUUACUGAAAUACAAAUUACAGGAGCUGUUUUAUUUCAGAGAUUUGGCAGUUCAGCUCUCAUCAGACCUCAAGAUUACUUUGAAUGUAACAGUUAUAAAGCUAAAAACAGGAAACUCAGCAGUAAAACAAGAAGUAUGAGCCUUAAAUUUACCUCUUUGCUUCUAGAUUUUGACGCCUCUAAAGAAGGGAAGCAUUCUUGAUAGUUCUUGAGUUCCAAGGUCUUUUAGUUAUUGAUAUUUUUAAUGUUAUUAGUAAUUCUUCUGUUUAUGAAAAGGUAUUUUUUGUUCUUCUUUUUUCAUGCAGUGAAAUUAAAGCUGAGGCUCUUUGGUUUUACACUUUACUUGCACUGCAUGUUCCACAUUCAUUUCACUUUUGCUGCAUAAAAAGACAAAAUUUCAACUUUACAUCAGUUUCAUUCUUAAACUUUUUGUCUUCAAUGAAACAACAUUGAUUAAUAAUAAAUAAAAAUUGUGAGGACCUUUUCACAUUGACAUAUUUUCCUAAUACUCAAUUAUUCCAUUUUUACAACAGACUUCUUAUGACGACCAAAGGCUUAAACUUUGCUGUUUAGCUCUUUAGAAGCUUAAUGAAGAUGCGCACUUGUUUUUGUUUUACAGCUGUGACAUUUGAGGAUUAUAUUGUUGUUUAUUGUUUUGUUUCAUGCAGACAAUAACUGUAGAAGUUGGACUCGUUCUGCACAGAAUUUUACUGCAUGUUUCUCAGGAAAAAAAUUAUCUGGAAUAAUAAAAUUUUAGCUUUAUUGCAAUAUUGUCAUGACUGGAAAUGAUGUUUGGAUGCAUGAGGUGUUAAUGUGAGUACAUCUUUUGAAUAUUCUGUAUGAAUAAACUGAAAACCAGGGCUCUGAAUCCUGUCUGUUGAUGUGUAUUUUAGAUGAAUGAAUGUAAACAGGUGAGAUGUGACGCCUGCUGUGAAUGUAUCAGACAUUUAUCAAUAAUCAUCAAUAACUGUCGACAUCAUAGUGCUUGUUAUUUUUUGUAAUAAGGGGAUUUAGUACAUUUUUAAAGUGUAGUUUUCGCUCUGUCGCCUCCUUGUGGUACAAAUUAAAACUGCAUAAUGUGAACAUGUAUAAUGACUUCUUUUUUAAAUUAAUAUUUCAGGUGACUGGUAGUUUUGUCCUGAUAUAUUGAUUUGACAUCAUUGUUUGAAGACUUUGAAAAUGUUUUAUUGAUCCUUAAAAUGAUGCCGAAACUCCAGAGCACGCAAAUGUUAUGCUCUAAGUUUAAGCUUUUGUUUUGUUUAUUUUUAGCAAUAACUGCAGGGAUUAAAACUUUACAGGAAUUGUUUUGCUCUUAUAGAGUAUUUAUUGCUUUUUACUUUCAUCACAGAUAUAGAAACUUCUCUUUUUACUGAUGCUCGAACAGCUUGAAUGUGUUUGUGAGAACGCACACCAUCGUCUGCUGGUCAAAUAAAUGUAAUGAAAGAUUAAUAAACAUGUUUAAACAGA